AUGAAGGGAGCAAGUGCGCAGCGUGUAAUAAAUGGCACUGCCAAUGAUGUUUCAGUGGUUAAUCGAGAAAAGUGGUGGGGACAGCAGUUUACAGAAGAAAUUUCUCCUACAAAAUAUGUUUAUAACUAUUCACAAAUUGAUGCAAACCACCAGAGGACCCCAAUGUGUCGCAUUGCGGAGCUCGCUCGCUACAACAAAAUCAGGCAUGAGUACAAACUCAUGGAUGAAAGUGGACCAGCUCACAAAAAACAAUUUACCGUUUCACUUGUACUUACCCCUGAUCAGGUAUUUUAUGGCAAGGGAGCAUCCAUCAAGAAAGCGCAACAGUCAGCUGCUGAAACUGCCUUAAAUGGAACCAUUUUGCCUAAGCCACCAGAUAAGGUCUCUUCAAAAAAAGUCAGAAGUGAUUUUCAAAACCCAACAGUUCUACUCAGAUAUGUCGCAGGAAGACUUGGAGUUGAGAUCAAAUUCAUUGACGAAUCAGUGCCGAUAUGCCCAACGCCACCACAUCCAUUAACCCGUUUGCCAGUGCAACCACUCAUAAGGGCUCCCUUUAUCCCAGUAAUUAAUGAUCAGUUCUUGGUUCUUCCACCGCCUAGAGUAGUAUUUGGACAACCACGUGUCCCUACAACAUUGCAACCACUACCAGUUAUGAUACGGCCACCGGCUACAAUCAUUCCUCCGCGAUUUUCAUUUUUUCAUCGUUACCGACCGCAUUCACAACUUCACAAGGUUCGUUUGAUAUUAAGUAAAGAUUUCCCAGAGUUUAUUGGGAAGGGAAUCACGAAGAAGAGGGCAAAAAACAGUGCUGCUAAUGAGGCUCUUUCUUAUCUUGGACCUUAUUUGGCUACGUUGGAGGCACAGUCAAAAAACAAAACAAUGAGUGGGUCAAAGAACGGAUUAACGACGGUUGGAUGCGAAAGCAUUAGAAAAGAUAGUUUAAAAUCAGUUAUAACAACAGUACGCAAUGGAAAGCCAAAGUCUUCUAUCUCUCAAAUACACGAAUGUGCUCUUCAUAUGCGCAUGAAUGUCGAGUUUUUGGUUUUGAAAGAGGAAGGACCAGCUCAUGACAGGCACUACUUAUUACGCUGUAAACUUAUCUCAGCAGAGCGGGUUAUCUCUGCGGAUGGUGAAGGAAGCAGUAAGAAAAUUGCGAAACAAAAUGCUUGCUCACUGAUGCUAACUAAAUUACAAUCUGUUGAAUCUUCUCCAAUUUUUAUCGCUGCUGCAAUGUUGAAAUCGCAGAAAAAAAUCGGAGCACCAAAGGAACUUAAACGAAAGACGAUUAGCAAGGAUAUGAAAAUGAAUCCGGAGUAUGGUCAUCAAAUUAACCCAGUCAGUCGUUUGAUGCAGAUUAUGCAAGCCCGUAAGCAAAAUGAACCAAAAUUCCAACUUGUUGCUGAGCGUGGACAAAGUCGUUAUAAAGAAUUUGUGAUGGAGGUGAUCUGCGAUGAUGGCCUUCGUUGUGAAGGUAUAGGACCCAAUAAAAAACUUGCGAAGCGUGCUGCGGCUGAAGCAGUGCUAGCAAGGACUGGAUAUGUAAAGCCGAUGCCGAAACCUGGAAAAAGUCUUUUGAAGAAAAAAGCUAAGGAAUAUGUGCAGCGACCACAUAUUGGCAUGUUCGAGCUUGAAAAAGGGGAAAAAUUAGUGCGACAAAUGAGUGGGAAGGAAGAUGAAGCAGGUGAUAUUGAGAAAGUCUCAGAAGUUACUUUAUCUGUGACUGCGUCUAUGGGAUCACAAGUUAUGGCUUUCGCUGACGUUGAUAGGACUUUGUAUGCCGGUGAACAAAAAGAUGUCUGUGGUAGCACUGCUGCUGAAACUAAGAGUAUUAGUGAUAAAGAAAAUGACGAUGCAAGACGACAUGCUGCUCCUCAGCCAAAGCGUCGUGUUACUUUCAGUAAUGAAGUUAGUGCCUGUCCACCACCUGAUGACAGCAACUACCCUUCAUCCCUGAUAACACCAUUGAAAUCGGAAGUAGUUGUCGUCAACAAGAUUCGCAAAAAAGGCCGUGACUCGAAAAAAUGGCUAACCGAAGUUGAGAAGAAAGAAAUUGCUGAAAUGGCUCAAGAUUUUUUCAAAUACUGUAACAUCAUCCACUCGCUAAAAAUAGGGGAAAAAACCGAGAAUGACGGGGUUUUAUUGAUGGAUCGUCAGAUGGAGCAGUUAUCUCUGAAUGAGAUGUCGUCAUCCACAGCAUGUUCAGCUGCUAGAUAUCAUCUGGAAUCUAUAGCGGAACAUUACAAAUUUUCAGUCAAUUAUACCGAUUUUCCUGUGACUCCGAAUGGAAUUGGUGAUCAAUAUUUUUCACUUAUUUCGAUUGGAAUUGAUAAGCCUAUCGUAUGUCACGGAAGUGGGAAUACCGAAGAGGCUGCUCAUGAGGAUGCUGCUCGCAAUGCCUUAUUGCUUCUUUGUAAAAUUUGGAUGGUAUACUAG